UAUAUAUAAUUUCCAUUUGCAUCCACAAGAGAUAGCGAAUUGCCUGUAGAACCUUGGGGCGUUUUGGGUCAACCCGUCCUAAAGAACUGUCACCCUCUUUUUCAGGCCCCCUUUAUUCUUUUGACACUACUUUCAUACUGUGGUGGGUAAUCUGACUGCUUCCGUGCUGCCCAGCCAGCCCAUGUGAAGCACGAAAGUACUCAGGCCUCUGACUGGAAAGCUGUGACUGCCUGGCGGAUUCUUGCUGCGGACCGUUAGAUGUGGGACCAACCCACGGAAACAGACUCAGCGUCUGGCUGUUAUUUUGACAGCAGUUAUUUACCUUGGUUUCACUGUAACUGCACAGUUUAAUUUUUUUUUCAAACCUUCAUUUCAGCCAACUUGGACUGACUAAAACUAAAGGUGUGGAAUUCCACCUCAGGGAUCAGAGUAUUAUUGCUUUAUAUUUGCUGCGUCAUCCAAGUUAUUGUUACACAGCGUAUCUCAGGCGACACCAGAACGUUCCAGUUUCAACUCAGGGAUUUUUAACUGAAUUUUCUUUUCCCGUCUUCAACCCGCUUUUUUAACAGUCUGUGGAUUCAUCUUGACGCAGCAAAAUCUCAGGUGUUGUCAACCGUUCUCAGCAUCUUGUCUCUAGGAACCACCUAUGAACUGCUGUUACCAUGGCAUCUGACAGCUUCCAGUAUCGAGCACUCUUUGAGUACAAGCGGGAGCGAGGCGAUGACAUCAGCCUCCAGCCAGGGGACCUGCUCACUGUCCCCAAGGCCUCACUGAUGGCCACAGAAGGACUAGACUACCAGGAAGGGGAUGAACGAAACCCUAAAGGCUGGCUGCAUGGCACCAAUGAGAGGACCAAGGAGAAGGGAGACUUCCCGGGAACUUUUGUGGAGUAUGUUGGAGUUGUGAAAGUGGGCCCACAUGUGGCCAAGCCCUGGCCCAGGCCUGUACCUCCAACACCUGGGGGACCACAGACUGUUGUGGGACCUCAACCUCCUGGGGGGACCACUGCCUCGGGAACAGAAGGGGAGGUAUGCAUUCUGUCUGACCAGGCGCCACUGGUAGUCCGCAGACUCACAGAGGCAAUUGAGAAACAUGGUUUUGACAGUGACAACCUGUACCGAACUCCACCAAUCUGUAACGGACCCCUUGAAUUGAGGCAGGCUCUUGACACAGACCCAGUGACGGUAGAUUUGGACCAGUAUGAGUUGGGAGUUUUAACUGACACUCUGAGAGACUUCCUGCUGGACCUGCCCAGCCCCAUCAUUCCAGCCGUGGUCUACAGCGAACUGGUGUACACUGUACAAGAAACCCAGAGUGUGGAGGAGUGUGGGGACAGGCUGAAAAGGAUCAUGGAGUCUCCUAGUGUACCCCAGGCCAACCACCAGAUCCUGGUCCAUGUUACCAGACACCUGGCCAGGGUAGGACAAGUUCAGCCCGGGCAGCACAGCCAGGCAAGUCCCAGGCUUUUGGGGCAGGCCUUCUCAGAGAUAAUCUUCAAGAACUCCCUUUUCAGUGCGGACGUGAACCCAGAGCACCAUAUCAGGAUCCUGGAGGCACUGAUAACAACAGGAGGCCUGAUGGAGAUGCAGGCUGCACCAGCUCUUCCCCCUAAGCCAGCCAAGCCCCAGCAGUCCUCCACAGUGGGGGUGGGAGGUGGCAGCAGUAAUGGGGCAAAAGAAGGGGGGGCAGGAGGCUCCCUGCAAGAGGCCGAAUGGUAUUGGGGUGACAUAUCCAGGGAAGAGGUGAAUGAUAAGCUCAGAGACAUGCCGGAUGGGACCUUCCUUGUUCGGGAUGCCUCCACGAAGAUGCAGGGCGACUACACACUCACACUGAGGAAAGGGGGAAACAAUAAGUUGAUAAAGAUCUACCACAGGGAUGGGAAGUACGGCUUUUCCGACCCUCUGACAUUCAGUUCAGUUGUGGAGCUCAUCAGCCAUUACAGACAUGAGUCCCUGGCCCAGUACAACACCAAGCUGGAUGUGAAGCUCAUGUACCCCAUCUCCCGCUACCAGCAGGACCAGUUGGUAAAGGAGGAUAACAUUGAUGCUGUUGGAAAGAAGCUGCAGGAAUACCACAAUCAGUACCAGGAGAAGAGCAAAGAGUACGAUAGGCUGUACGAAGAAUACACCAAGACAUCGCAGGAGAUUCAGAUGAAGAGGACAGCCAUUGAGGCCUUCAAUGAGACCAUCAAGAUCUUUGAGGAGCAGUGCCACACACAGGAGCGCUACAGCAAGGAGUACAUUGAACGCUUCCGCCGCGAGGGCAACGACAAAGAGAUAGAGAGGAUCAUGAUGAACUACGAAAAGCUCAAGUCACGACUGGGCGAGAUCCAUGACAGCAAGGUGCGCUUGGAGCAGGACCUGAAGACACAAGCUUUGGACAACCGUGAAACAGACAAGAAGAUGAACAGCCUGAAGCCAGACCUCAUUCAGCUCCGCAAGAUUAGGGACCAGUAUCUAGUCUGGCUCAAUCACAAAGGAGUCCGUCAAAAACGAAUUAACGACUGGCUGGGGAUCAGGAAUGAGAAUACUGAUGAAGGGUACUUUGUAAGUGAAGAGGAUGAGAAUUUACCCCACUAUGAUGAGAAGAGUUGGUUUGUUGGGGACUUGAAUAGGACGCAGGCUGAGGAGCUGCUCCUUGGAAAGCCAGAUGGGGCCUUCCUCAUCCGAGAGAGCAGCAAAAAAGGGUGCUACGCCUGCUCUGUAGUUGUUGAAGGUGAGGUGAAGCAUUGUGUCAUCUACAGUACACCACGCGGCUACGGCUUUGCCGAACCCUACAACUUGUACAGCAGUCUGAAGGACCUGGUGCUCCAUUACCACCAGACCUCCUUGGUGCAGCACAAUGACUCACUCAAUGUGCGCCUUGCCUACCCUGUCUACGCACAGAUGCCCUCCGGACGCAGAUGAGCCCCACCCACCCGGCCACACCCCCACAUAGACAACAAGCUAACUUCCUCAUCCUCAGGGGGGAGAAGGGGGGGGGGCAGCGUUGAAAACUACAAACCAACCCCAAAACCAGACAAGAAACAGAUAGAUAGAUAGAAAUGAAUUAAACAUUUGCUGCAACACACACGUCAGCCACCUUGGAGCUAUACAUAUAUAUUUUUACAAGAACAAUUUCGGAGGGCAUUCUUUUUCAAGACUGCUUGAUUUGCACAAGGAAGUUUUCAAUGUUUGUGAAUGUGAAGAAACGACAGAAGGACAUGGAGUAGGACACUUCAGAGUUUCAGGUUGACCCUGCUGCUACCUAAACUCCAGCUCAGACUAACGGAAGCUCAAAAAACACAAAUGACGACGAAGACGACAACAAACACUCCCAUUUUAACCUUUUUGUUUCCGUCUUUAUUUCCUCAGUCAGUUCUUUUAUCACUUUCCUUUCUCUCUUGUUUUUGCAGUUUCAUGUCUGAACAUCUCCUUUUGUUUACUCCUAGCUUGUUUGUUAAAUGCAAGAGGAGGUGGUGGUGAUGAUGAUGAUGAUGUCAAGUGUCUGUUCUGUCCCUCUCUGUACAAAAAGCAAAAACAAUGUAGCAUAAAAAGACAGUGGACACUUACUUCCAGAGUGUUCCUCCAUAUAGAUUGCUGCUGAGGGGUUAGGGGGGGAGGGGGGUUAUAGAGUGGCCACGAGCGAUGUGGAUUAUAUGUAGUCUUAAAAGAAGACGAAAGGCUUGCUUUUAUACAGAUUUUAGAGAACUUUUCUUGCUUUGCUGGAAGAUAGUUGUUUUCAUUUGCCAUAUGUUAGAAGGUAACAUCACAGAUCAAAACCAGAGACCAAAGUUGGUGUGGAGGGGAGAGUGACAUAGAGUCCACCAUUUUUAAGUUUUAUAGUCUUUUUGAAUGGAGAAAGGGGAGGGAAAAGCAAGGGAGUGCUUUGAUGGAGACCACACAUAAAACAUGAGUUUUGGGCUAUGUGUUUGCGCACCAAUACAGUUGCUCAGAAAUUUGGAAACCAAAUGGCAUGCGGAGAGACAUGACCGCUGUGGCUAUCUUUCUAGAUGGCCAGUAAGAAGCACUUACACCAGAGUAAACAUCCAGCAAUUUCAGGUGGUGGUCUUUUUUUUUUUUAACCAAACUCUUCAGCUAAGCAAAAGGCAGAAGGAAAGAUCUGGCCAUGGAACCGAAAACCCAUUUUAUGUGUGGUUUUAAAAAAAUAAAUGCAUUUCUGCUAAUGUUUGGAGUUGAUAAACUGGGACUGUUUGUGUAUCUGUUCCAAACCUUCAGAGAUAAGCUUUGAUUAAACAGAAGAAUUUUUUUUUUUUAUGUAACACAGAAAAGCAGGUACAGGAAGGCGAUGUCCCAAGUUGAAGACACAUGCUUUAGAUGUUUAUACUAGAAACUUGAAGAACGUGCAAUCCAACAUUGUGUUGUCUUAUGUAGGUUAUUAUCAGUCAGGCAGAGCUGCACUGAAGCCCCGCCCCCCCCCGACUGGGGUUCAGAGAAAGAUAAUCAAAGUGCACAGUGAAGCUUUUGAAGUGGGAUUCAUUUUUGUUGGUUUGUCUGUUUUCUUAUGUUCUGUUCUCCUUUUUAAAAAAAAUUUUUUUUAAACAAAAGUUUAUCCGGUGCUUGACCUUAUAACCAGUGGAAAUAUUUUCUGUCAAAGAAUAAAAAAAAAAAAUCUAUACCAUCACAGAAUAAAAAUGUUUCCUAAAACUGAAGAGAAAACACAACCAAGUUGCA